UCUAAAUAGUGUCACGUACGGUACUGCUUCUGCUCCCUACCUAGCUACUAAAUGUCUCUCUACAUUAGCAUCGAAUGCAUCUAACAUCACAGUAAAGAAUUCAAUUUUGCGAGAUUUUUAUGUUGAUGAUUAUUUAAGUGGUGGAGCAACUAUAGAAGACGUAAUUAAACAAUCCCAAGAAGUUAUUUCGAUUCUAUCAUCGGCUAAAUUUAAUCUUAGAAAAUUUCAAUCAAAUAAUUUAGAAAUUUUGCAAGCAGUAGCUAAUAACGUAGAUCACAAUAAUAUGCUGCACCUUUCUGAAUCAAAAAUCAACAACGAGCCUUCAAGGACGCUGGGUCUGCAUUGGAUAUGCGAUUCAGAUGUCCUAGCUUUUACAAUUAACAUCGAAAACAAAGAAAAGGUUACAAAACGUAAUAUACUUUCAGCUAUAAGUCAAAUCUUUGAUCCACUGGGCCUAGUGACCCCAGCAAUAGUAGAAGCUAAAUUAUUAAUACAAUGUUUGUGGAAGGCAAGACUAAAUUGGGACACAGACGUUCCAAACAAUAUAAAAUCACUCUGGAUACAGUUUUACAGUAAAAUAUGUAAUUUAAAUCAAAUUAAAAUACCUAGGUGGUUUUUAAGCGUAAAUUAUGAGAAAGUCGAACUACACAUUUUUUCAGAUGCCUCUGAAAAGGCCUACGGUGCCUGUGCCUAUGCUCGAUCUAUCGGACAAGAUGGCUCUAUCCAUGUUCAACUUAUAACGUCAAAAAAUAGAGUUGCCCCAAUAAAACCGUCAACUAUACCUCGUUUAGAAUUAAGUGGGGCUCUUUUAGGUGCAAGACUGUGUACUAAAAUAUUAAACUCUAUAACCAUACCGGUUGAUUGCAGAUAUUGGUGCGAUUCAACUAUUGUUUUAUGUUGGCUCGCUAUGCCCACUCAUCGACUCAAACCUUUCGUUCGCAAUCGUGUGAACGAGAUCAAUGAAUCCACCGCUGGAUGCCCGUGGAGCUAUGUGCCGUCACUCGAAAAUCCUGCAGAUCUCGUUUCGCGAGGGGUGAAGGCUGAUCUUAUCAGCUCUUCGGCGCUGUGGUGGUCCGGUCCAUCAUUUCUACACAAAGAUGAAAGUUUAUGGCCUAAAAUGCCAAUCUCUAAUGAGAAACGAGAUCUGCCGGAGGUAGUAUGUCAUCAUAUUUCACAAAUUGCAGAACAAGAUUCUACUGAAAAUUGCAUUUCCAAAAGCAUUCACAAACACUCUAAUCUUACACGUUCAGUACACAUUUUGGCUUACGUUAGUAGAUUUAUAUCUAAUUGUAAAUUAAAAAACACACAAGAUCGCGUCAUUGGCAAUUUAACGCAAGAGGAAAUCCAAUCCUCAUUAAAUAUUAUUAUUAAACAAAGCCAAUCAGAAAUGUUUCCUGAGGAACAAGCUCUGUUAAUGGCAGGUAAAGUCUUACCGUUUAAAAAUAGACUAUUAUCAUUAUCUCCAUUCCUUGAUGCAAAUAAUAUCAUUAGAAUUGGAGGUCGAUUAACUAAUUCACCAUACAGUUAUGAUCAAAAGCACCCCAUUUUACUUUGUAGUAAACAUUACUUUACAAAACUCAUAUUUCGAACACAACAUACAAAGCUUUUGCAUGUAGGUCCACUUUCUUUACUUGCUAGCAUUCGCCAAACAUACUGGCCACUAGGGGGCAGGAAUCUCGCAAGAUCUACUGCGAGUAAGUGCGUUACCUGCUUUAGGAACAAACGUAAGAGUGUUCAACCCAUGAUGGGUCAAUUACCUGAAUCUAGAACUGAACUCGAAUAUCCAUUCCUUAAUUGCUCUGUGGACUACGCAGGACCAGUUCUGAUAGCUGAUAAAAAGGGUCGAGGUUGUAAGCUGAUCAAGUCCUACAUAUGCAUUUUUGUUUGUUUAGCAGUUAAGGCAGUUCAUUUGGAGCUUGUUACAGAUCUGACUAAGGAAGCUUACAGAGCAGCAUUAUUACGCUUCUUUAGCCGUCGCGGUAAAUGCCGGUCUAUCACAUCAGAUAAUGCAACAACAUUCGUCGGGGCUUGUAACGAGCUGCAUAAGCUGGUCACUGAAUCCUCCAUAGGUACUGAGUUGGCCGAUGAAGAAAACCAAGUGGCAUUCCGGCAGCAAUGACCUAAAGGAGAACUCGCUCGUCCUGAUCAAAGACAAGAUGUCACCACCAUUGCUCUGGUCUCUUGGCAGAAUACUCAAGGUCUACCCCGGAGUCGACGGUAUCAACCGAGUGGCUGAAAUUAAGACCAAAAAGGGAACCAUAAGAAGAGGUUGGAAUAACAUCUGCCUCCUGCCCUUGGAAGACAAUCUUUGAAGCUCACUUCAACGCCGGGAGCCUGUCUGCGCAUGCGCGGGCGAGGGGCCUGCGCCGGCGCGGCGCGCCGGGUGGCGGGGGUCACCGGCCGCCGCCAUUACUCGCUAAACUACACACAGUGAAACAUACGUCAUUCCGCAUCUUCGUUAUUUGCUCUUUAAAUAAACCGCUACCUGAAGAAUA